UGCAACAAAGUGGACUAGAAGCUCAAGGAAAGUGUCAGGAUCAAGCUCCACAGAGGUGAUGGCUAUGAAAAUGUACUCAUCCAGUUCAGGAACACUGUCACUGCUGAUUGAGAGAGUGAAGCUCUUUGUCAGAUCUCCUUCUUCAAAGAUGAGGCUACCAGAUGUAGCUGUGUAGUCAUCUCCACCCACUGCCAGUUGACUGCAGAAAUAAAAAGAUGUCAACCUGGUGCUUGUAUACGAUACCCUGAAAGAGUUCAUGGAUGCUGUGCUACACCGCCAGAAGAAUGCAAGAGAGGUGAAACUAGUUGCGGCAGAGGGGACAACUGGCACCAAACCCACAGACCAGAUCAAAGAAGAGUGGUGCAAAGAGUCAACACAAGAGGCAUCCCAUGAUGAAUAUCAUGAAAAGUGCAUAGGUUUGUGCUUAGAUGUGCAUUUUACAGACAUUAUUAACUGCUCUCUU